GAGCCGAGAGAGCCGGGGCCGAGGGCCCGAGCGCCAUGGGCCGGAGGGCGCGCGGCUGGCGGGCCCGGCCUCGCUCCCGCGAGAGAGCGGCCUGGAGUCGGCAGAGGCCGGCUGGGUCCGCGGGGAGGCCAGCCCGAGCCCCCUGAGCGACGGACACCAGGGCACUCACCAUGGCCCCGCCGCUCCUAUUGCUGUUGCUGGCCAGUGGAGCCGCUGCUUGCCCGCUGCCCUGUGUGUGCCAGAACCUGUCGGAGUCGCUCAGCACCCUUUGUGCCCACCGAGGCCUGCUGUUUGUGCCACCCAACGUGGACAGGCGCACAGUUGAACUGCGCCUGGCUGACAACUUCAUCCAGGCCCUGGGACCACCUGACUUCCGCAACAUGACAGGGCUGGUGGACCUAACAUUGUCUCGAAAUGCCAUCACCCGCAUCGGGGCCCGCUCCUUUGGGGACCUGGAGAGCCUGCGCUCCUUGCACCUGGAUGGCAACAGGCUGGUGGAACUGGGCAGCAGCAGCCUACGGGGGCCUGUCAACCUCCAGCACCUCAUUCUUAGUGGCAAUCAGCUGGGCCGAAUCGCUCCUGGGGCCUUCGACGACUUCCUUGACAGUCUCGAGGACCUGGAUGUGUCCUAUAACAAUCUCCGGCAGGUUCCCUGGGCUGGCAUAGGCUCCAUGCCUGCCCUGCAUACCCUUAACCUGGACCAUAACCUCAUUGAUGCGCUGCCCCCAGGUGUUUUUGCCCAGCUUAGCCAGCUCUCCCGCCUGGACCUGACCUCCAACCGCCUGGCCACCCUGGCACCUGAUCCACUCUUCUCUCGGGGUCGGGAUGCUGAGGCCUCACCUUCCCCUCUGGUGCUGAGUUUCAGCGGGAACCCACUGCACUGCAACUGUGAGCUGCUGUGGCUGCGGAGGCUGGCCCGGCCUGAUGACCUGGAAACCUGCGCUUCUCCACCAACCCUGGCAGGCCGCUACUUCUGGGCAGUGCCUGAGGGAGAGUUCUCCUGUGAGCCUCCACUGAUUGCCCGACACACACAGCGCCUGUGGGUGCUAGAAGGUCAGCGGGCCACUCUACGGUGCAGGGCUCUUGGUGACCCUGUACCUACCAUGCACUGGGUUGGUCCUGAUGACAGGCUGGUUGGCAACUCUUCUCGAGCCUGGGCUUUCCCCAACGGGACCCUAGAGAUUGGGGUGACAGGCGCUGGAGAUGCAGGAGCCUAUACCUGCAUUGCUACCAACCCUGCCGGUGAGGCCACAGCCCGAGUGGAGCUCCGGGUACUGGCCUUGCCCCAUGGUGGGAACACCAGUGCUGAGGGGGGCCGUCCUGGGCCCUCGGACAUUGCUGCCUCUGCUAGAACUGCUGCUGAAGGCGAGGGAACUUUAGAAUCUGAACCAGCCGUGCAAGUGACAGAGGUGACUGCCACCUCUGGACUGGUGAGCUGGGGCCCAGGGCGGCCAGCUGACCCAGUGUGGAUGUUCCAAAUCCAGUACAACAGCAGCGAGGAUGAGACCCUCAUCUACCGGAUUGUACCAGCCUCCAGCCAACACUUCCUGCUGAAGCACCUGGUUCCUGGUGCUGACUACGACCUCUGCCUGCUGGCCCUGUCACCUGCUGCUGGGCCCUCCGACCUCACGGCCACUAGACUGCUGGGCUGUGCCCACUUCUCUACCCUACCAGCCACCCCCCUGUGCCAUGCCCUACAGGCCCAUGUGCUGGGCGGGACCCUGACUGUGGCAGUGGGAGGCGUCCUAGUGGCUGCCUUACUGGUCUUCACUGUGGCCUUGCUGGUUCGGGGCCGGGGAGCUGGGAAUGGCCGCCUCCCACUCAAACUCAGCCAUGUCCAAUCCCAGACCAAUGGUGGCACUAGCCCCAUGCCCAAGAGCCACCCACCACGGAGCCCUCCACCCCGUCCCCAGCGCAGCUGCUCCCUGGACCUAGGAGACACCGGUGGAUGCUACGGGUAUGCCAGGCGCCUGGGAGGAGCCUGGGCCCGGCGGAGCCACUCUGUACAUGGGGGGCUGCUGGGAGCUGGGUGUCGGGGUAUGGGGGGCAGUGCGGAGCGGCUGGAGGAGAGCGUGGUGUGAAAAAAAGGGCAGCCUCUUGCCCUGAGGAAGGAGCAGUGCCACUGUUGGGCCCAGGUGGCAGCACCCAGCCUGGGUGGGCAGCACGGCCCUGGGUCCCACUCUGCUUUUUAUCCUCAGUACCUCAGGCCCCCAUGUACUUGGUGGGACAGCAAACCCUUUCCUUGGUUUUGGCCUCCAGACUAAAGGGACAGGUCCCACCAACAGGUGCUCAGAGCCACCAAGGCAGGGGCUGCAGCCACCAAGAGGGAGUCUUGUUUCUAUUUAUAAUAAAAUUGUUGGGGACAAUU